GACCCCUUGGUUCAGCCUGCUCUGGAAAAAAGGUCAAGGCGACUGUGCGGUCCUGUCUGACAAUCGCAACGAUGACGGAAGAGGCAGGGCGACGAUUGAAGCAGCUCCAGACAGUGUUACAACCUAGCACUGGUGGAUGCAGCAUACAGACACAUGUGACAGCAGAAUGCUGCAAGGGGCCGGGGUAUGCCACGCCCCUGGAUGCUAUGAAAGGCCCCAGGGAGAGGCUCGUGUACAUCCCGUGCAUUGUCCCCGAGAAAGAUCGACCUGACUACCUUUCUACAGUCGAUGUAGACCCUGAAUCGCCUACUUAUUGCCAGGUGAUCCACCGUCUAUAUAUGCCCUAUGUUGCUGAUGAACUUCACCACACUGGUUGGAAUGCGUGCUCCAGUUGCUAUGACGAUGCCAGUAAAACACGGAACCGGAUGGUGCUCCCCUGCAUCAACAGUGACAGAGUGUAUAUAGUAGACACAGGUACCUACCCGAGGAGCCCGUCCAUUCACAAGAUCGUUCAGCCCUCUGAGGUUCACUCCAAGACAGGCCUGGGCGCGCCCCAUACCACCCACUGUCUUGGGUCAGGUCACAUCAUGAUCAGCUGUAUUGGCAAUCAGAACGGAGACGGAAAUAGUGGCUUCUUCCUGUUGGAUGGGUCGGACUUCCGUGUCCUCGGCAAGUGGGAGAACUCCCCUGCCCCCGAUUACGGCUACGACUUCUGGUACCAACCGAGACACAACGUCAUGCUCAGCUCCGAGUGGGGAGCUCCGAAUGCUUGGAGAAGCGGAUUCAACCCACAGCAUGUGAAAGACGGUCUGUACGGUCACAGUAUUCACGUGUGGGACUGGACGACACACGAGCGCAUUCAGACACUUGACCUCGGAGAGGAGGGCAAGAUCCCACUGGAGAUACGGUUCCUCCACAACCCGGACACCACAGAGGGGUAUGUGGGGUGCGCGCUCAGCUCGACAGUGUUCCGAUUCUUCAAACUCCCGAAUGGGAGAUGGGACAGCGAGAAGGUGAUCACUAUUCCCAACAAAACAGUGGAGGGGUUCGCCCUGCCCCAGCUGCCUGGUCUGAUAACUGACAUAAUACUCUCCCUGGAUGACCGAUACCUCUACUUCAGCAACUGGCUCCACGGGGACAUCAGGCAGUACGACAUCACCGACAGGAGGAACCCAAAACUGGUUGGGCAGGUAUUUCUUGGCGGCAUGAUAUGCAAGGGAGGUGACAUCACAGUGACACACGACCCAGAGGGCCAGGGUCAGCCCGACCCAGUGUUUAUCCGCACCAAGAGGCUGGAGGGAGGCCCUCAGAUGUUGCAGCUCAGUCUGGAUGGGACACGCCUGUACGUUACAACGUCCCUCUUCAGCGCCUGGGACAAACAGUUCUACCCAAAUAUGAUCAAAUCGGGAUCAAUGUUCCUGAUGAUCGACGUGGAUACAGUCAAUGGAGGGCUGAAACUGAACCCAGACUUUGCAGUCGACUAUGGGCUGGAACCUGCCGGACCAGUGUUCGCCCACGAAAUUCGGUACCCGGGUGGAGACUGUACGUCCGAUAUCUGGCUGUAAAUCCUACCAGUCGUCCUUGAUAUUAUCACAUGCGCAAUACUGGACCAGACACACAGAUUUAGUUAUUUUCAUAGACUUAGUUGUGUGCAUGUUUGUGUCAAUAAAUCCUCGGACAAUAUAGGAUUGAUCACUAACGAUGAUGUAACAAUGUUAUGUAGAAACUAAUAAAGAUUGAUAAAGAACAUAUUCACAACUAAAGGUAUCCUGAGCAUCAGUACAUUGAGGAUGUCACACACACACACACACACACACGCACGCACGCACGCACGCACGCACGCACGCACGCACGCACGCACGCACACACACACACACACACAUAAACACACUCACACACAGAGGGAUAACACUGUAAGCAUGUGUAUGACUUCGAAUAUGUACAUUUUAUUCAAUGAGGAUGUCUUACACACACACACACACACACACACGCACACACACACACACACACACACACAUAAACACACUCACACACACACACACACACACACACACACACACACACACACACACGCGCACACACACACACAUAAACCCACACACUCACACACACACACACACAGAGGGAUAACACUGUAAGCAUGUGUAUGUCUUCGAAUAUGUACAUUAUAUUCAUUACUGCAUGUUAGUAACUCUCAUUUAUUUCAUGUAAACGCAACAACUUACAGAAACGUUUUCUGUGCAUUGAAUAACACCAUGGUUAAAUAAAGAAAUAUUAAUUGGGAA